AUCUGUGGGUCGCGGUCAGACAGAGGUGUCAUUUGUCAAUUGUCAUGAUACGAAUGAAGUUUUAUUUAUUUUUGCAGUUUAUUGGAAAGUUGAUUUUAUUUAUUGAAAGUAUUCAAACUGAACAUCACUUUUGUAUUGCAUUACACAACUACGAAUGCAAAGGUUAUGUUAUGGCUGUAAGAGAUCACUUAGACCGCUGUGCAUAAAAUACUCUUACGGAGUUUGAAAUCCUCUUUGAACAUUUUGUAACUGUAUUGCACAAGUAACUUUCAAGAAUGUCCUUCUUACGGGGCUCCGAGAACUAUGUGUGGUGCACGACUAGCGUGCUCGGAAAGGGCGCUACAGGCGCCGUGUUCCAGGGCGUCAACAAAAACAACGGGGAACCCGUGGCGGUGAAGACGUUCAACCAGCUGAGUCACAUGCGACCGCACGAUGUGCAGAUGAGGGAGUUUGAGGUGCUUAAGAAGGUGAAACACGAGAACAUCGUGAAACUGCUUGCUAUCGAGGAGGAACAGGAAGGCCGCGGUAAAGUGAUCGUGAUGGAGCUGUGCACCGGGGGCAGCUUGUUCAAUAUACUCGAUGACCCUGAGAACACCUAUGGUCUUCAAGAACACGAGUUUCUAUUAGUUUUGGAGCACUUAACAGCUGGCAUGAAACAUUUACGGGAUAAUAACUUAGUGCACAGAGAUUUAAAACCAGGAAAUAUCAUGAAGUAUAUUAAUGAGGAUGGAACUACUACAUAUAAGCUCACAGACUUCGGAGCAGCCAGAGAGCUGCAAGAGGAGGAACAGUUUGUGUCUUUGUACGGUACUGAGGAGUACCUACACCCUGACAUGUAUGAGAGAGCAGUGUUGCGGAAACCAGUGGGAAAGAGUUUUGGUGCUACAGUGGACCUGUGGUCUAUCGGCGUCACAUUGUACCAUGUGGCCACAGGCCAGCUGCCAUUCCGACCAUAUGGAGGUAGAAGAAAUAAAGAAACUAUGUUUUAUAUUACUACAAAGAAGGCAUCUGGAGUCAUUGCAGGAACCCAAACAACUGAGAAUGGGCCAAUAGAUUGGGCACGUGACCUGCCACCACACUGCCAACUGAGUGUAGGCUUACGGAAGCUCGUGACUCCUCUUCUCGCUGGCCUACUUGAAGUGGAUCCUCACAGGAUAUGGACUUUCGAACGGUUUUUCUCUGAAGUUCAAAUAACGACAUCCACAACCCCUGUACAUGUGUUCCAUGUUAAUAAAGCAGCUAGCAUUAAAGUGUUCCUGAAGCCGGAAGAGAAGUACGAGCACCUACAGACGUACAUCUGCGAGCAGACGAGCGUGGUGGCCGAGUCGCAGAUCCUGCUGCACCAGGACAAGCUGCUGCUAUCCGUCGUGGACGACAGUACGCUGGGAAAGGACUACCCGGAGACGACGGCGGAGGAGCCGCUUAUGCUUUUCAACAAGAACAACAACAACGUGAGCAUGGCGCCGGAGCCCGACAUACCCAAGUUCCCCGUGUUCCCCAACAUCGUGUCCGUCGAGAACGACGCCAGCCAGGCCAAGACGGCGUGCAGCGUGGGGCACGCCAUCAAGCGGCGCGUGGAGGCGGCGUGCGCGGCGUCGCUGCUGUGCGGCGCGUGCGUGUCGCGCUGGGGCGCGCUGCUGGCGGCGCGGCUGGCGCGCGUGGCGGCGCGGGCCGACGCGCUGGCGGCGCACGCGGCGCUGGCGCUGGCGGCGCGCGCGCUGGAGCGGGCGGCGCCGGCGCGCGACGGCUGGCCGCCAUGCGGCGCUGGUGGCGGCGAGGCGGCGGCGCUGCGCGCGGCGGCGCAGGCGCUGCUGGCGCGGCACGCGGCGCCGGCGCUGCGCGCGGAGUUCGACGCGGCGGCGGCGCCGUGCCCGGCGGAGCUGCGCCUGCACGUGCGCGCGCGCACGCUGGUGGAGCGGCUGCGCGACUCGUGGCAGCACCUGGUGCGGGACCGCGCCACGCGCUCGCUCACCUACAACGACGAGCAGUUCCACGUGCUGGAGCGCAUCACGGUGGCGGAGACGGGCCGGCGCGCGCGGGCGCUGCUGCAGCGCGCUGCGCCGCUCGCCCGCGCGCGAGCUGACGCCAUCGCCGACUGGUACAAGGUGGCGCAGACAGUGUUCCUGCAGACGCAGAUCCUGGACAAGGACGUGUCGAGCGCCGAGCUCAAGCUGCUGACGCUGGCGGCGCGCGUGCAGGACGCCGAGCACGCGCUGCGACGCCGGCGACGCGCAGGCGGCGGCGCGGCGCGGCCGAGCGCGGCCCGGCGCCGGCGUGGCGCGCGCGGCGCGGGGCUGCGCGCGCUGCUGGCGGCGCACGACGAGCUGGCGGCCGCGCUGGCGCCGCACGCCGCGCUGCUGGCGCGCCUGGCCGCGCUCACCCGGGACGUGGCGCCCUAGAGCCGCGCGCGACGAGUCGACCAUCAAAAUGAAUCACUUAUUCACUAAACAUUCGUCGGACAUCAAUCUUACCCAUACACAAUAUCUAAAGUUGCAAAAAAAAAUUGACUGAAAACACAAUCUGAUCUCAAAAUAAACUGUAUUGCAAAAAAGAACGGGCACCAAAGCCAAAUCAGAGUUUUGAAGACUUUACGUAUGUUUCAAAAUGUUUUAAUGACUGGCAUAUGUGGAACUUAGAAAGUUGGAACCUUCUACCAGGAAUUAGUCCAAAAUAAGAAUUAACCACUCUAUAAAACUGAGAUUUCGCACAGAAGGCCCUGUUUUUUGCAAAACAGUGUAUACAAUCUUUAUGCAUAAGAAAACAUUUGCCUCUUUCAGAUAAUACAUAUCAAAUCAGUCCUUGUACCGUACGUACGAGUUAUUAAGAUUAUAAUAUACAGUUUACAGGAAGCACUGACUGUAAUAGUUAUUGAGGAUAGUGAGCGAGGUACUAUACGCUAUUUAUUUGAACAAACGAGUACUGCAGGUUUUCACUAGUAGCGCCCGCUAUGCCAGGCCGGCAAGCUCGUUACACGCAUCACGCGGGACACUGGUGGCUUAUUACCACUGCGCAAAAUCUUGUUGUUUCAUUUUGGGUAUAAACUUUAGAAUGCGAAAACGUAAUUUCGAACUCCUCCGGCGUCCUUUUAUGCGGAAUAAUAUAGGUAUAAUUAUCGGCACGGAUAAUGAGCUCUCGGCGGAAGAGUGGGGAUCGCUUUGCGCACCAUACACUUAUGGCAAUAAAAACACACACCCUUUUAUUUAUUUUUUCCUAAGUUCCCUAUGUAAUUUUAUUCUGACUCAAUAAUUUAAAGAAAGAUUUUAUAUUGAUUUAUUUAAUUGAGAAAUGGAAAUUGGGAUGGAAUAAGGUAAUCAAGUGUUUCUAUUUUAAAACAUAGGUUAAAUUUUCUAGUUUGACAAAGAAAAACUACUACCUAUGUACCUUGAUACUUUUCUUGUUAACAUUUUUGACCUCGAAUUUAAUUUAUUCUUUAAUGAAAUGAACAGAAAAACAUAUUAGGAUAAAAAUAAAUAAUGGUAUGUACGAAAUGUUUCGAGCAAUUGAUAAUAUAAUGAGUGAAUUGAACUGAACAUUGAGUUGGACUUCGGGCUACUUAGCGCUGUUAAGAUUUGAUGGCGUCGGGAUGUGUUGCUUGGUAGUUUCUUGCGGCACUUUUCUUUCCGGUAACAUGAAAAGUGGGCGUUUUGGAGCUUCCUUUUGUUGUUUCUGAUGUUCAAAAAGAACUGAUAAAUCAGCCUUAUUCAAAUAAACGGAUUUAAGUUUGAAUAAUACUAAUUUUGUGUUUGGUCAAUACCAGAUUAGUGCGAGAGAUAAACUCUAUUCGGUACUCUUUGUUCAAAAGUUCUCAAGCUCUCUUGUGCUCUGGUGUCUGUGUCGCGAGGUGACUCACGCCUCCGACACCUAAAAAUAACUAGCUGCUUUCCCGCGGUUACACUUGCGUUAUGGGACGCAAGUGGGAGGUACUACUGCCCGUAACCGGAUAAAAUAUGGCCUAUGGGUUUAGUAGGGGAUAAUGUAGGUUCCCAACAGUGAAAGGCUUUUUCAAAUUGGUUCAGUGGUUUCGUAGCCUGUAGGGGUACAAACAAAGUAACUUGCAAACAAAAAUAUUAUUUUCUCUUUAUUAUAUUAUUUGUAUAAAUAUGACUUUAUGUAAGCAUAAAACAUUUGUUUCCUGUAAGUAGUAUUGUAUAAAACUGUAUAUUUUAUAAAUAGCAAUAAUUAUAAUAUAAUACAGAAAAUCAUUGUUUUUUAUUAUUAAAUUAAACAAUAAAUAUUUA